AUUCAAAGCCUUCACCCACACACCAAACCUAUUCUCUUCUUCAUCGCAUUGUCCCUCUCCACAAAAAUGCCUUCAUUUCUCCUCCUCUUUCUCGUCACUUCCGCCCUAUCGCCGCCGUCCUCGGCGACAACCACCGCCGAGUCCUUCGUCUACGGUGGCUGUUCCCAAACCAAAUACACUUCCGGUUCAACCUAUGAGUCAAAUCUCAAUUCCAUCCUCACCUCUCUUAUAAAUUCUGCCUCCUUCACAUUAUACACUAACUCCACCGUCGCCGGCGCCGGCGACGGCGACACUGUGUACGGACUGUUCCAGUGCCGGGGCGACUUCCAAAACGCGGCCUGUGCCAAGUGCGUGGCCCACGCUGUCGCCCAGCUGGGCUCGAUCUGUCUAGACGCGUGUGGUGGCGCGUUGCAGUUGGAGGGGUGUUUUGUGAAGUACGACAAUGUUAGCUUUUUGGGAGUGGAGGACAAGACGGUCGUGGUGAAGAAGUGUGGGGCGGUGAUGGGGUAUGAUUCUGGUGGGUGGGCUAGAAGGGAUGCGGUGUUAGCGUAUUUGGCGGCGGCGGAUGGCAGCGGUGGUGGAUAUCAGCCGUUUAGAGUGGGUGGGUCCGGGGAUGUUCAAGGGGUGGCGCAAUGCGUUGGGGAUUUGGAUGCUGGAGAGUGCCAGGACUGUGUGGUGACGGCCGUGGGACGGCUGAAGGCGGAGUGUGCGGCGGCGGGGUGGGGGGAUGUGUUCUUGGGGAAGUGCUAUGCGAGGUUUUCUCAUGGCGGUAUCCGCCCCCACGGCGGCGGCGGCGGAAAUGACGGUAGAAAUACGGACGUGGAGAUAGAGAAGACUUUGGCGGUAAUAAUAGGACUCAUUGCUGGGAUUGCGUUUAUUGUUGUGUUCCUCGCUUUCCUAAGCCAUUACUGUGAGAAACGAAAAGGUAAUUCAUUCCAUCCAAUCCAAUUCAAUUAAUUUAACCUUGUUCUUGAUUUGGUUCGGUAUUUGAAUCUCGACCAGGUGGCAAAUGAUGUGGAUGAUUCAACGAUCAGAUUUCUGGGUCUGUUCUUUUAAAUUCUUGUGUGUGUUUAAAAGAAACCCAGAGAGAGUAAUAUAAAAAGAAGUGAUGUAUGUGCAUGGCGUAAAAGGAUUGUUCAUGAACAAAGGAGAGAAUGAUUAUUUAUUCGACAUGUCGGACCCACCUCACCACUUAAUCUUCAAAAGGGGAUUCAUAUAUAUAUGUAUUGAGAAUAUUUCUUUUUGAUUGAAUCCCCUUUUUCUAUUUUUUUUUUUCCUUUAUGAAAAAGAAUAUAUUCUCCUUGGUGGGUUGUUGUUCUAUCUUCUUCUAAAUUAAACAUUUAUUUCAUUAAUCAAACCGUUUUAUGAUUGAUUCGCUUA